GCCCACGAACUUCCCCCACAACUCUAUAUAUUACAUUCUCUUCUCCAAACAAUUCUCAAAUCUCAAUCCAAAAAAAAAAUCCAAAAAACCAAGCCAAACACUCCCCACCUCAAAACCCAUCUCUCCAAAUCCACCAUGGAAUCCAUUAAUGACUACAUCUACCAUUCAAAACUCCCUGAUAUCUCCAUCCCUGCCCACCUCCCCCUACACUCCUACUGCUUCCAAAACAUGGCCCACUUUCAAUCCAAACCAUGCUUGAUCAACGGUGCAACUGGAGAAAUCUACACCUACGAAGAGGUCGAUCUCAUUGCACGCAAGGUCGCUGCAGGCCUCCACAAGAUCGGCAUCGAACAAGGCCACGUCAUCAUGCUACUCCUACCCAAUUCACCUGAGUUCGUAUUCGCUUUCCUUGGUGCAUCCCACCGCGGAGCCAUGGCAACAACAGCCAAUCCCUUCUACACCGCUAAUGAAAUAUCAAAGCAAGCUAGAGCAUGCAACCCACGUCUUAUAAUCACACAAGCAUGCUACGUCGAGAAAGUAAGAGAUCUAGCUCAUGGAAAUGAUGUGAAGAUCAUGUGUAUUGAUUCUCCCCCAGAAGGAUGCUUGCAUUUCUCUGAACUAAUGGAAGCCGAUGAAAACAACAUCCCAGCCGUUGAUAUAAGUCCUGAUGAUGUUGUAGCACUUCCAUACUCCUCCGGAACCACUGGAUUACCGAAAGGUGUCAUGCUAACACAUAAAGGUCUUGUGACUAGUGUGGCCCAGCAAGUGGACGGUGAUAAUCCCAACUUGUAUUUCCGCAGUGAUGACGUGUUGCUGUGUGUGUUGCCGCUGUUUCAUAUCUAUUCUUUGAAUUCGGUGCUGCUAUGUGGUUUGAGAGCUGGUGCAUCGAUACUUAUAAUGCAGAAGUUUGAGAUCAUUGCACUGAUGGAGCUUGUGGAGAAGUAUAAGAUAACGAUCGCACCGUUCGUUCCUCCGAUCGUAUUGGCCAUUGCCAAGAGCCCGGUCGUUGAUAACUAUGAUCUGUCAUCGAUCAGGACCGUUAUGUCAGGGGCCGCACCGAUGGGGAAGGAGCUUGAGGAUGCUGUUAGAGCUAAGCUUCCAAAUGCCAUUCUUGGGCAGGGGUAUGGUAUGACGGAGGCGGGUCCGGUGCUUUCUAUGUGCUUGGCCUUUGCAAAGGACCCGUUCCAGAUAAAAUCGGGUUCUUGUGGAACGGUCGUCCGAAACGCAGAGCUGAAAAUCGUCGAUCCCGAGACUGGCGCUUCUUUGCCCCGGAAUCAAGCGGGUGAGAUCUGCAUCAGAGGGGCCCAGAUCAUGAAAGGCUAUCUCAACGAUCCAGAAUCAACCAAAAAAACCAUUGAUAAAGAUGGAUGGCUGCACACAGGGGAUAUCGGCUACGUGGAUGAUGAUGAUGAGAUCUUCAUCGUUGAUCGAUUGAAAGAACUCAUCAAAUACAAGGGCUUCCAGGUGGCCCCUGCCGAGCUUGAGGCCUUGCUCAUCGCCAAUCGCGACAUUGCUGAUGCCGCCGUAGUUUCCAUGAAAGACUAUCUUGCGGGAGAGAUCCCUGUGGCAUUCGUCAUCAGAUCUAGCGGCUCCAAAAUCACAGAAGAAGAAGUCAAGCAAUACAUAGCAAAACAGGUUGUUUUCUACAAGAAGAUCCACCGUGUCUUUUUCGUAGAUGCAAUUCCCAAGGCUCCAUCUGGCAAGAUCCUAAGGAAGGACUUGAGAGCAAAGCUGGCAGCUGGUUUUCCCAACUAGUCGGGAGGACGGAUCUCCAUGUGACCGCAGGCUUGUAUAAGUGUGCACGUCACAAGACCAGUCCCUCGCUGCUCAACCGUGCACUUGAACAAAAGAAAAUGUUCUCUCUCUGCAGCUUAAGCAUCAAGAUGUGAUUGUCGGGAGCUGCAGGUUGCGUCUGUUUAUUGGCCCCACGCAACCAAAAGAUUAUAAUACAUUUGUGAAUUUAUGAAAUUAUGAAAUUUAAAUAUUACUUUGUUACACAAAACUUCAAAUACCAUG